UAACAGAAAACACUCCAGUCCAGUCCCUGUUACCUGACUCUCAACCCUGUACCCUCAUGAAAAAGCACACCUUUAAAAUUACCAAGAUAAUUGAUUUUAUUACUGCUACCAUUUUGCUAUAUAUAUAUCUGCACAAAUUGUGAAAUCAAGAAACUUAGCUGCAACAACUAGAAAUCAAAUGUAGAAGAUCCAAAAAAGAGAGAGAAACCAAUGGCGAUGAGAACGAAGAUAGCUAGAUCACUUCUAGGAACCGCUCUUUUCUCUACCAAAACGCAGCGCUUCGCAUCUGGGUCCGGGACAAGGUAUGGUUCCGAGGUCCAUGCGGGCUCAUUGGGGUCAUUCUGGUCAUCCUUUUCAACAUCUGCAGCAGCUGCAGCUGCAGCCGCGGAGCCAGAGGAAGCCCACCUGGGAACGACGUCGUCUGGUGUGGAGACAGGGCUGUUUGGGAUGUUGAAGGAGUAUGAAGAUUAUAGGAGGGCCCUUUAUGGUGGGCUUACUCAUAAGGCUCUGCUGGUUGAUGCUGCGGGCACUCUUGUUGCGCCUUCUCAACCCAUGGCUCAGAUUUACAGGCAAAUUGGUGAGAAAUAUGGGGUAAAGUAUUCUGAGGCAGAGAUACUGAAUAGAUAUAGAUGGGCUUAUGAGCAGCCUUGGGGUAGAUCUCGUCUCAGAUAUGUUAAUGACGCGAGACCAUUUUGGGAGUUCAUUGUCAGUUCUUCAACUGGAUGUUCAGAUUCUCAGUACUUAGAGGAGCUGUAUCAUUAUUAUAUGACUGAAAAGGCUUGGCACCUUUGUGAUCCAGAUGCUGAGAAAGUGUUCCAAGCACUUAGGAAAGCAGGUGUAAAAGUAGCUGUUGUGUCAAACUUUGAUACUAGGUUAAGACCUGUGUUGAGGGCCCUGAAUUGUGAUCACUGGUUUGAUGCUGUUGCGGUGUCAGCUGAAGUUGAAGCAGAAAAACCAAAUCCAACCAUCUUUUUAAAGGCUUGUGAUUUGUUGGGAGUAAAUCCUGAGGAUGCGGUGCAUGUUGGGGAUGAUCGAAGGAAUGAUAUAUGGGGUGCCAGAGAUGCAGGUUGUGACGCAUGGCUCUGGGGAAGUGAUGUUCAAUCCUUGAAAGAGGUUGCGCAGAGGAUAGGCGUUCAGGUAUGAAUGAGGAUGAGCACCUCUGCCUUCAGCUGCACGAAAGCCUCCUUACCCUCCCCCUCAUGUUUCUUGUAUAUAUUCUUCUUUGCUAGUUGAUGUGAGAACUCGGGGAUGCAGAGGCUGAUAAUGUUGAGUAGAAUAAAUAGGGCAGAGAACAACUAUGUAAAAGGUGUCUUUUUUUGUUCUUUUGGUUCUGCAUUUCAACUUUGGUUCUUCGUGCUUAUGCAAAAUCAUAUGUUAUAUAACACCAAGUACUUAUGCAAGCAUGCACUAUUCUGAUAUUAUUUAUUGAGGGUUUGUUUAAAA